CCCCAGCGCGCGUGCGCGGCUGCCGUCGGGGGCGCGCGCCUUUCCCGCCGCCCGGACUCUGCCCCCGGCGCAGCCACGGAAGCGCAGGCGGGGCUGGGGCGGCCGCCGGGAGGGAAAGCCGGCGCCGGGGCCUCGCCGCGGGCUGGAGGCUCUGCGCUCCCUGCCCUGCCCCCCGUGCGCCCCGGGCCGUGGCCAAGGGUUUCGGUGAUCUCAGGAGAGAGGCGGCCGCCCCGAGGGUCGGAGGGUCCUCUCCAGGGACCCCCGCGGGCGCCGUCAUGGGGAGGGCCUUCCCGGCUCUCUGGCCGCGGCAGCCUUUCCGGGCGGCUUUGCGGGGCGGGCUUCCCCUGGGAGGGGUGGGAGCCCCUCCAGAAAGGCCGUGUCCCGCCGAGCGCUUCCUGCGCGAGGCCCUCCCUGGGAAUAGGAAGCGGGAGAGGCGGGAGAUGCUUCGCAUUCUUUCCGUUUUCCUGAGAAGUUUUUCUUGGGCCCAGUUGGUUUUAAAAGUGUGAUAGGACGUGCUCCGUGCAGUCCGCGGUGUCACAGCGGAGAGGCGCAGUCCAGAGUGGGUCUGGAGCCCUUGGCAUGCGUCAGGGCAGCAUUGUCCCAGAUAUAGCCGUUGGUACAAAGCGGGGAUCUGACGAGCUUUUCUCUACUUGUGUCACUAACGGACCGUUUAUCAUGAGCAGCAGCAACUCGGCAGCAAACGGAAAUGACAGCAAAAAGUUCAAAGGUGACAGCAGAAGUGCCGGCGUCCCCUCCAGAGUGAUCCAUAUCCGGAAGCUCCCCAUCGACGUCACAGAAGGAGAGGUCAUCUCCCUGGGGCUGCCCUUCGGGAAGGUCACCAACCUCCUGAUGCUGAAGGGGAAAAACCAGGCCUUCAUCGAGAUGAACACGGAGGAGGCUGCCAACACCAUGGUGAACUACUACACCUCGGUGACGCCCGUGCUGCGCGGCCAGCCCAUCUACAUCCAGUUCUCCAACCACAAGGAGCUGAAGACCGACAGCUCUCCCAACCAGGCGCGGGCCCAGGCGGCCCUGCAGGCUGUGAACUCGGUCCAGUCGGGGAACCUGGCCUUGGCUGCCUCAGCAGCGGCCGUGGACGCAGGAAUGGCGAUGGCUGGGCAGAGCCCUGUGCUCAGGAUCAUCGUGGAGAACCUUUUCUACCCGGUGACCCUGGAUGUGCUGCACCAGAUUUUUUCCAAGUUCGGCACAGUGUUGAAGAUCAUCACCUUCACCAAGAACAACCAGUUCCAGGCCCUGCUGCAGUACGCGGACCCUGUGAGCGCCCAGCACGCCAAGCUGUCGCUGGACGGGCAGAACAUCUACAAUGCCUGCUGCACGCUGCGCAUCGACUUUUCCAAGCUCACCAGCCUCAACGUCAAGUACAACAAUGACAAGAGCCGCGACUACACGCGCCCGGACCUGCCCUCUGGGGACAGCCAGCCCUCCCUGGACCAGACCAUGGCCGCGGCCUUCGGUGCACCUGGUAUAAUCUCAGCCUCUCCGUAUGCAGGAGCUGGUUUCCCUCCCACCUUUGCCAUUCCUCAAGCUGCAGGCCUUUCCGUUCCCAACGUCCACGGAGCCCUGGCCCCACUGGCUAUCCCCUCGGCGGCGGCGGCAGCUGCAGCGGCAGGCCGGAUCGCCAUCCCGGGCCUGGCGGGGGCAGGAAAUUCUGUAUUGCUGGUCAGCAACCUCAACCCAGAGAGAGUCACACCCCAAAGCCUCUUUAUUCUUUUCGGCGUCUAUGGCGACGUGCAGCGCGUGAAGAUCCUGUUCAAUAAGAAGGAGAACGCCCUGGUGCAGAUGGCGGACGGCAACCAGGCCCAGCUGGCCAUGAGCCACCUGAAUGGGCACAAGCUGCACGGGAAACCCAUCCGCAUCACGCUCUCGAAGCACCAGAACGUGCAGCUGCCCCGCGAGGGCCAGGAGGACCAGGGCCUGACCAAGGACUAUGGCAACUCACCCCUGCACCGCUUCAAGAAGCCGGGCUCCAAGAACUUCCAGAAUAUAUUCCCGCCCUCAGCCACGCUGCACCUCUCCAACAUCCCACCCUCAGUCUCGAAGGAUCUCAAUUCUGUUCUCCAGCAAUGAUCGUCAAGUUCAAGUUCUUCCCGA